AUGCGCGAAAACGAUGUUCUACACAGCACGGAUGAGGCGGCUCUUCCGCAGUCCGCGGCGUUACCAACGGUGGACCCAGUCAGCAGGACAGAGCCUCCCGCCAAAACACUCGGCUUAGCCAAGCACGAGUCACCAUACGUGCAGUUCCGUGGUGCUUAUAAGGAUUACAAAGGGAGCGCCCAGUCUUUCGUCACGGCAUGCAUUUACAUUCAGCUCCAGCACAAGAAGAUCCGUUCUUCUUUAUACGACGACUUCAUACGGGCGUGGCAUGAUGGCUAUUAUGCGUACGUGAAAGAGUGUGACAGUGCAGUGCCGCCAGUACCGGUAAUGCACGCAUAUGCGUGGUAUAAUGCAAUGGACGACGAUCCACUCUACAACUCGCGUGUCAUCACGAAAAAGAAUCUGGAAUCCACGCUCGAUGCAUUUCCAGAGGAAGUGAAAAUUGCGAGGCGCAGCCUUGGGAUUGCACAGGAGGAGAAGGAUCCUUUUCGACGGCCAGAGAAGGCGGCCGUGGCAGAAGCCCCGCGAGAGGAGCAGCCCAGUGACCCUGUGCCUCCUGUCGAGGCCCCGUCGCUGACCAAGGAUACAGCACACGAGGACAUCCCCAAACAGCCGCAGGUUGCUGUUCCUAGAUCGCCCGAUUAUGUGAUCCUGGAAGACUCGCAAGUCGAGCUUCCACCCAUGGAUUUCUCGAAGUCCAUGAGCGAGAUCGACAUGAAGCGACAACAGCCUGCCGCAAGGUCAUUGGUGCGUUCAUACUCGGAGGCAGCAAAUCACAAACGCAAAGCAAGCGUGGAGAUGGUUGAGAGGCAGGUGAGGAGAGCACCAAUGGCAGCUGUUCGGGCCCCUCCCCAUAGAGUGCCAGCACCACCAUCGCCUAGCCAGGUGAGCAUUCGACCAAGGGAAUCGCGGGGCAGUCCAACGGGAUCCCUGGCAAGUGUGGACUUCAGAUCACCAAGCUCGACGGAUGCGAGAAAGCGGCGCUACGGCAACGAUCCUGAGAAGCGGCGGGAGCAAUUCAGAAAGUUUCUGAUCAAGCAGAAGAAUCUCACCGCCAACGAGACUAUCAUGAGCUCUGCACCAACGUCAGCGCAGAGACACUGA